GCCAGGUCCAGGGAGCAGUGACGAAAUUUCGACACCCAGCAGGAAAAAUAAGAAAACCUCCCCGACGUCGGGGAUAGUAAACAAUCUCCCGCCCAGUCUACAUCCAGCGAUUAAAUCCAGGACAACCAGCGGGGAAUCUCUGUAAACCCUUGUCUUUUUCAGGAGAUCCGACAGGCGUCACCGCGUCAAAUACCACACCCACGAUGGCGUUGCUACUCCUCCGAAGCGGCGGCGCUCGCUUCGGUGCCGCCGCGGCGUCGAUUAUGCGAGGCGGCAGCCUGGCGGCCACGGCCCCCUUCUCGCACUCGGCGCGCGCGCAGACGAGGCUGCGGCUGGCCUUUGACCACCACGAGCCGGCCAGGCCCGUGGCCGACGCCAAGACGUCGCCCAUCCUGUUCCUGCACGGGCUGUUUGGGUCCAAGAAGAACAACAGGAGUAUCAGUAAAGCUCUCGCCCGUGACCUGGGCAGGCACGUCUAUGUCCUGGACCUGAGGAACCACGGCGACUCACCCCACGCACCGCGGCACGACUACCUGGCCAUGGCCGACGACGUGGCCGGCUUCAUCGAGGAGCACGGCCUCCAGGAGCCGACGCUGAUCGGCCACUCCAUGGGCGCCAAGACGGCCAUGACCCUGGCCCUCCGGUCGCCCGAGUUGGUGCAGGACGUCGUGUCGGUCGACAACGCGCCCGUCGACGCCGCCAUCAGCAGCGACUUUGCAAAGUACGUCCGCGGUAUGAAGGAGAUUGAGCAGGCCGGCGUGAAGCGCCAGUCCGAGGCCGACAAGAUUCUCGAGCCGUACGAGUCUUCCCUCCCCGUCAGGCAGUUCCUCCUCGGGAACUUGCACCGCUCCGCCGGUAGCGACGACACGCAAAAGUUCCGCGUGCCCCUAUCCGUGCUGGCCAAGGCCCUGGACCACAUGGGCGACUUCCCCUACAAGAACCCGGACGAGGCCCGGUUCAACAAGCGCGCCCUCUUCGUGCGUGGCACCAAGAGCAAGUACGUUGCCGACGAGGCCCUCCCCAUCGUCGGCCAGUUCUUCCCCCGCUUCGAGCUCGUCGACAUCGAUGCCGGCCACUGGCUCAUCUCGGAGAAGCCCGAAGAGUUUAGGCAAGCUGUUGUGCGAUUCUUGGACCCAAAGGAGAGGGAGUGACACCAAAGGAUGGCCACUUUUGGGGAUUCAAAUGUGCCCAAGUUCUGAAUUGGAAACGAAGGCCACGAGAGGAUUACCAUGUAAUAUUGCCUGGAUAAACUCCAUAUACAAUAUGCAACAUGAAAAAGUACGCAAAGUAGGACCGCGGGCGAUCGGGAGACUGGAGCAAGCAAUACCGGGU